CUCUCGUUAUAAAAACCGCAUCGAUUUUAGAGCUACCAUUAACGCACAGUCAUUCGAACGAUCAAGUAGCCAUGGCUCUACAACUCGUGCUCGUCGCCUCUCUUGUGGCUGUCGCUACCGCCGCCCCCCAAUCGCUCCCGACCGCCCCCAACUACGGUCAAAGUGCACCCUCUUACGCUGAGGCUAUGAAGCCCGUCGACGCAGACUACGACUCGAACCCGGAGUACAGUUUUUCGUACGAGGUGCACGACGAGCUCUCCGGAGACGUGAAGAGCCACCAAGAAGCGCGGCACGGUGACGUAGUCGAGGGUUUUUACACCCUGAUCGAACCUGACGGCAACCGUCGGAUCGUUGAGUACAAAGCCGACGGUCAGAACGGAUUCAAUGCCGUUGUUCGUCGGGAACCUGUUGGAACUCGAAACGUCUAUAAUAAUGGUGGCCAAACUGUAGGUUACAAUGCCAACGAUUAUCAGCAUUGAUUAACGCAGAUAUGUUAUUGUUUACUUUAGAAAUAAACGGUUUUGCUAUAAAAUUUAUAAA